AUGGGUUCGGACCUUGAGGCUAAUGGGGAUGAGCACCCCUUUCUUAUGAAUGCCACCGUCGACCAUUUCUCCUGGAAAUCCGUCACUGUGACCGUUAAGGAUAGAGAAACGAAACAGCCCAAAGCGAUUCUCUCGAACGCCAGCGGUUAUGUCAAUAAAGGUGAACUUAUGGUGCUUAUGGGCCCAUCCGGAAGUGGGAAAACGACUCUGUUGAAUGUCCUUGCGGGUCGAGCUAGCAGUCUAGGCGAUGGUGUCAACGGAGACGUCCUUGUUAAUGGCAGAACUGCAUCGCGAGAGACGUUCCGACAUUUGAGCUCAUAUGUCGAACAGGAGGAUGUCCUCAUCGGAUCACUGACCGUUGAGGAGACGCUCUAUUUCGCUGCCCAGUUGUCACUCUCAAGAUCAAUUCCAAAGAAAGAUCGAAUUCAGCGUAUCAAAUAUCUGCUCAAUUCUUUCGGUAUCCAAAACCAGGCCAAGACCUUGAUUGGCACCCCAAUUCGCAAGGGCAUCAGUGGUGGACAGAAGCGUCGUGUCAGCGUGGCCGCUCAGUUGAUUACCUGCCCUAAAAUCAUCUUCUUAGAUGAGCCCACCAGCGGCUUGGAUUCCACCGCCAGUUUUGAGGUUAUGUCUUUCGUAAAGGCCCUCGCGAAAAAGAACAACCUCAUCGUAAUCGCAAGCAUUCAUCAACCUUCCACGUCGAUGUUUCAGUCUUUCGACAAGCUUCUCAUCCUAUCUAGAGGGAAGACCUGCUACUUUGGCCCGGGGGCGCAAAUGAAGGCUUACCUUGAUAAAAUGGGACACCCGAUGCCCCUUCAAAUCAACCCAGCAGAGUUCGUGCUUGAUCUUGUCAGCACAGAUUUCGCAAGCAACACCGACGAAGCAGAGGCUGAAUUGGCUAAAUUGCACCAGGAGUGGGAAGAUUCAGAAGAAGCUUCAAAUGUGAAUCUCGAAAUCUCAAGACUCACUACGCUUUCUGAAAAGGAGGGAAAUAUCACUCUGUCCGCCGACCAGCCUCAGCAUGUCAACAUAUUCUCGACUAUAAUCACUCUUCUUCAUCGGUCCUUUAUCAAGGGUUGCCGUGAUGUGGUGGCAUAUGGUAUCCGAGUCGCGAUGUAUCUUGGUUUGGCCAUCAUGGAGGGAACUGUCUGGUUGCGAUUGGGAACUGGCCAGGAGAACAUUCAGCCAUAUAUCAAUGCUCUGUUCUUCUGCUCCGCGUUCAUGUCGUUUAUGGCCGUCGCCUAUGUUCCCUCGUACCUUGAAGAUCGCGCAACCUUCAUCAAGGAGAGAGCCAACGGCCUAUACGGCGCAACGUCGUUCGUAAUCUCGAAUUUCCUCAUUGGAAUGCCAUUCCUAUUCAUGAUCACCAUAAUAUUCGCCGUUGUAGCUUACUGGCUUGUAAACUUCCGCUCAGGCGCAGACACUUUUUUCACUCUAGUGCUCUGGCUCUUCCUCGACCUGCUGGCCGCCGAGUCCCUUGUAGUCAUGAUUGCAUCGCUGUUUCCUAACUUUGUCGUGGCUUUGGCGCUGACUGCAUUCACGAAUGGUGUAUGGAUGAGCGUUGGCGGCUUCAUGGUUGCACCCGCCAUUCUGAACGUAUUCUGGAAAUAUGUCUUCCAUUAUAUCGAUUACCAGACAUAUGUCUUCCAGGGAAUGAUGGUCAACGAAUUCUCAGGCCGUGUUUUCGAAUGUGGAAAGUCUUGCCAGUGCAUGUAUACUAGCGAACUAGUAUCCCAGUGCAAAAUCUCUGGUAAAGGUGUCCUGGAUGCGUUUGGCUACGCGACCGACAAGCAGGGCCAGUGGGCCGGCAUUCUCAUUGCAAUCACCGCAGUCUAUCGAAUCCUGGGAUGGAUCGUACUGUAUAUGAAGAAGACUUGA